AUGUCUGUACCUGCUGCUCGUUCCGGUGGAAACGCCCAGUAUGACUACCUGUGUAAAUUACUCCUGAUUGGAGAUAGUGGAGUGGGAAAGAGUUGUUUAUUGCUUAGAUUUAGUGAUGAUACAUUUACUACAAAUUUCAUAACUACUAUCGGUAUUGAUUUCAAAAUCCGUACCAUUGAAUUAGAUGGAAAACGAGUAAAACUUCAAAUUUGGGAUACUGCUGGACAAGAACGAUUCCGUACGAUCACAACUGCCUAUUACCGAGGAGCUAUGGGUAUCAUGCUUACCUAUGACGUAACUGAUGAACAAUCGUUUUUAAACAUCAGAAACUGGAUGAAAAAUAUUGAAGAACAUGCUGCCGAUAAUGUCAAUAAGAUGUUGAUCGGAAAUAAGUGUGAUUUAAUUGAAAAGAGAGUUGUAGAAGUAGAAAGAGGACAACAACUUGCCAAGAGUUAUGGCAUACCAUUUAUGGAAACAAGUGCCAAGACACCACAAACUACGCCAUAA